AUGAGACUUCGGGCCUCCAACAAGGGAAAGCGGUUUCAUCCGCACAACUAUUUCCCAGAGCUCGAUUCAUCCGACGAGGACCAGCAGGUACCCGCAGACAAGCACGAUGACUCGGACGACGGCUUUGUUGGCGACGAUCACGCAGAAGAUGACUUUGAUAAGGACGACGAAGUAGAGCUUGAAGCUUCGUCAGCGGAAGAGGAUGAGGUGGCAAGCGAGCCAGCUUCAGAACUUGAACCUACUUCGCACUUUCCAGUCAGCAGGCGCAAGCAGAUUGUCGACGCAGAGGCCCUUGACGAGGAUGGGAUCAAGAUAGCUUGCGGACAAGUCCAGCCGUACCCCACUGAUUCUUCGGCAAAGUGGACGAGAUCCUACGCUGGCCCUGUCACCAGAUACGCCCGGCUUCCAGACCUGUGCAAGUACUGGUACGGUGACAGGGCUGGAUACGCGAGGAUCAUCAAUGGUCUGGUAAAGUUGUGGGCGAGGUACGAAAUCUAUCCGCCCAAGCUCCUCCUGAGCAAAGAUCAGAACCUCGCAAAGUCUCCGUGGGUGUCGAGCAAUUUUUGGGAAGCACAACAACAGAAGUUUCUAGACUGGUAUGUGAACUAUCUGUCAGCACGUCAGAAGCCAUCGGUAUAUGCGCCCCUCUCCGAGGCUACAGCAUCUAGGUGGUAUCUCCCACAAGCCGAGACAGGACUUACCGCCCUACUCGGCCCACAUGACGAUCAAAAGGAACACGUGCUCAAACAAGGCGACGCCAUCGCUCUUUUGCCUGAUGGCGGUCCUGCAGAAGAAGCAACAGAAGACGACAAGGUUGGAGGGUGGAUGUUUGAUGUUGGGGGAAUCGUGUUAUCCAUGGACUGGGCCCCUCGAAUUGGCGAGGUUGAUCAGUUACUGGCUAUGACGGUGAUACCAUACGCAGACCAAGCCUUCUACCAGAACCCUGAGGAGACGCCACAUGAAGCCACAUUGAAGCAAGGUAGCGUGCAGGUAUGGAGUGUGCCAUUGAAAAGGAGUUCGAAAGGACUCAUGGCAUUCUCCAGCUCUCGACCUCGCCUAGCCUCAGCGCUAUGUACCGAAUCCGGGCGGGUACUGCGUAUGCAGUGGUGCCCAGUCGCUCUUACAGUUGGUGGUGUCAUCGGCCUCCUGGCCGUGCUGAUGGCCGACGGAAAAGUGAGGGUGCUAGAAGUUAGGCAGUCCCCCAGUAAGAACAUGCGAGGAACAUUCGAAGAAAUCCAGGAGCCUCUAGCCACUAUUGAGUUGAAAAGCGAGUACAAUGUGAAGAUAACGUCGUUCGCUUGGUUGAACGUCAACCGCGUAGCUGUUGGUCACUCCGAUGGCUCGGUGGCAGUUUGGUCUUUGUACCCAUGCAUGAUGCUUCAACGCCAUCCUAUCCAUUCAAGCCCCGUCGUGGAUAUCAAAUCAGGCUAUCCGUCCCACCCCUUCAUUGUGGCAACAGUUCCUACUGGUGGAGUAGUGACAGUCACAGAUUUGAACAGGCCGAAUGCUGAGCUUGUCUACUGUGCCAACCUCAGUAUUUCACUACAGCCGAAUCUUCUAGCAUGGUGUGAGCACAUGCGUGGCUUCGUCUCACUCUGGCCAUCGUCAAGUCCGGCAAAUAAUUCCGUGUCGUUCAUGGCAAUACGUACUUGGCCACAGACACGAUUCGCCGCUGCCGCCAAUGGCCAGGUGACAUGUCUGGACGUUGGGACCCACCAUCCGUAUCUCCUGGUGGGCUCUACAGAGGGCACACUAUGGCUCUCUAAUCCCUUCCGGAGGAUAUUCUUCUUCAAGAACAAGCACAAGAAGCUCAGAAUAUUCCAGCACGACUAUCAAGCUUUGAAUGUGCAGGAUAAGGACGACCAGGACACGGACCAGGAGGUUCCUAGAGGUGUCUGCAGGAUCCUCCAUGGCUUUCAGCCUGAACAUAAUGCCCAUCCAAAGCAUGAGAAAAGCAAUGCGAUGGCCAAGAGACACGGUGGACAGAAGAAGAAGGCGAAGAAGGGGAAGUCAAAGAAGAAGGCGCCUGUCAUUGAAGCAGAAGAAGCUGAUGAAGAUCUUGAGGAUGAAGGUGAUGGGAGCGCCAUGCCAGCUGGGGACAUAACUAUCCAUGAUCCGCUGACCCGAAUCUCCGCUGUCACCUGGAAUCCGAACAUCCAGUUCAGUUGGUGGGCUGCCGCCGCCACGGCAUCGGGACUGGUCAGGAUCAUGGAUCUAGGCACGGAACAGCUUGGGGAAGGGUCGAGUGAAGAGGAAGAGGAUUUUGUUGAUGAGGACUCGGAUAUCGUCAUGGGCGGGUAG